AUGAACGGUCUGGGAGUGGGCGGCUCACAGAGUCCAGAUCUCGUCAACGCAGCAAAUGCUCUGCUUUACGCUUUCAUGACAGUGACUUGUUUCGCCGGACCUUGGCUGACCAACGUCAUCGGCUUUCGAUGGACACUCGCGAUAGGCUCAUUGGGCUACCCUCUGUACGCUGCCGGUCUCUACGUCAACAACCGUACAGGCUCUACAUGGUUCGUGUAUUUUGGCUCGGUUGCUUGCGGCAUCAGUGCCGGGUUCUUUUGGAGCGUUGAGGGAGCCAUCGCGACUGGAUACCCCGAACAACACAAACGCGGACGCUACAUUGCGACAUGGUUCACAUUUCGCAACUUCGGCAACAUUAUUGGCGGAGCAAUCUCUCUGGGCAUCAACCAUAACGUCAGACAAAGGGGGAAGGUUGGAUACCAGACAUAUCUCGGCUUCAUCGCGAUUCAGUGCCUCGGAUUCUUUUUCGGCCUGUUACUUUCAAACCCCGAGAAGGUCCGACGCAACGACGGGACGAGAAUCGAAGCUCCUCGGGGAAUCCACUGGCGAGCUGAAAGCAAGGAAAUGUGGAGAUUGCUCAGAAGCCGCUCCAUACUUCUUCUUGUUCCCUUGUUCUGGUACUUUGGCUGGAUUCAGGCUUAUCCGGGAACAUACCUAGCCACUUACUUCACUGUCAGGUCUAGAGCUCUCGGUAGCUUCAUGUCGGCGGUUGUGGGGACCUUCGCGACAUGGGUGGGAGGUACUCUCGUCGACUUGCCGUGGGCCAAGAAGCGCCAGACCCGAGCCGUCGCGACAUAUAUCCUGAUUGCCUCACUCAAUAGUGCGACUUGGAUAUGGGCUGUCAUCAUCCAGAACGAGUAUCGAUUUACACUGCCAGUCCUGGAUUGGGCUGUCCAGAGCGAUUUUGGUCGCGGCUUUGGUGUAUACAUGUUCGAACGGAUCAGUCUCGGCAUGGUAGAGAACUACAUUUACUGGUGUAUCAGCAAUCUCUCGGACUCCCCUGGCGACCAGAUAAGGUAUAGCUCCCUGCUUCGAGGUAUCGAGACGGCUGCCGUUGCCGUAGGAUUCGGAGUCCAGGCUGUUCCAACCGCCCUGAUUGCUACGGCAAGUAUCAACCUUGGCCUUUGGUUUGUUGCUCUGCCUUUCAGCUAUUUUGCCACGCUUCAGGUUGUACGAAGGUUCGGCGAGUUGAACGACAAAGGGAUGGCAGCGGAGUCAGUGGGUCGAUGA